CCGAAAUCCCCAUGUGCAAUGUUGAUUGGACGAUUUGGAUGGUUUCCCUCCAAAAACUUAACAAUGGUCAAUUUCCAAUGAAAUGGGAAAAUAAUCAUUAAAGCGCCAAGAUUAACGGGCCGUUUACUGUUUGGGUUUUUCAUUGGUGUUUUUUCUUUUUGUCUCGUGCGAAUAAUAGUAAUAUGUUGAUUAUUUACUGUGGCUGAUAAGUGUUAUGCUCACCGUCGUUGUAAGUUGUGCGGCGUUCGAGUGAAAAUAAAUUGUUUUCCCUUUUAAACAAUACCCACCAUUCGCGAUUAUUUAGUAUGUGAAUGCGGCCCAUCUAUUAUAUAGGUACGUCGCUGAAUUUUGCCAAUUGUGAUAUUUCCGAGUCCUAUAACCACGUGAGUAUUUGAGUGGCAUAAUAAUAAUCAUUAUGUAUCUAAUCGUAUUAACUAAGUUUUCAAAUGUUUUGUAAACAUCAUUAAUUAGAUACCGAUUCUUCUAAUAGUUUUCUCUUUUAGAAUCUGGUGCAGAAUCAAAAUCUUACUCGUAGUUUUAAUACCGUACAAAGUACACACGACAUAUUAAAAAUAUUUACCAUAUUGUAUACACCAACUUAUACACAAUCCUUCAUUGUAUUAUAAUAUGAUUCAAAUGUCCGUAAUGGUACAAUUAAAUUUUCGAGUAAAACACUAAAACAUAAUUAAAACUGACACCUGUCAUAUAGUCAGGGUUGGACUGUGCCAACAAGGUAUUCAUAAUUUUUUUAAUGAAAAAUAAUUUUAGUUUCAUUAAUGUUCAUUUAUUAACUUAAUCUAACAAGAUGUUGAAUUUAUAAACCAACCUUCUUUCACAUCCAUUUAAUUUUCCAAGGUAGUUUAUUGAAUUACUAACCAAAACAAAGGUAUUUAAAUUGUGAAUCAUAGCCUCUGGAGAUCCAUAACGCUUAUAUGUAUACUAAUAAUUAAAAAGAUUGUUUGAAAGAAAAUUAAGGUAUACUACAUUUUAAUAAAGUACUUAAUCAGCAGUCUAUCAAAAGUUCAAGAACUGUGGACCUAAAGUAUGUGAUUGACAUCAGUGUACUAUUAUUGUGUAUUAAAAUAUCUAAAUGCAUAUACUAUAUUGUCCAUAUUUAUAGAAAAUAAACUGGAAUUAUAAAUUGUAUUUUAUUUAUUAUUGAUGCCUAUUUAUUUAACUAUACAAAUUUUAAUUUUGAUUUUUAAUAUUGUUUUAGGUUGCAAUGGCCACUUUUACAACUCCUCGGAAAUCUUUACGUUUUCGUAAAACUGAACCUUCACCAUUUUUAUCAAAUCGAAAGCGUGAAUUAUUUCCAGGAGAUAAUUUGGAUGAAGAUGGUCAUGACAUAGUGCCUCUUCAAAAAUCUCCUGAAGUAUAUACUCCUGGAUUUACUACUCCUAAAACAUCUUACAAUAUAAUUAGUACUCCAAUCACUGAAUUAAGCCCUACUAUGAGUGACCAAUUUGAAAAGCUAAUGUCAGAUUCCAAGAAUGGUAAUUCAUAUUCAGCUACAAUGGUGAUUGAAGAAACACCAGAUUCUAGACUAAUUAAACGUUUUAACAAAACUCCACUGGAAUCAGAAACCAACAAAGAAGCUAAAACUCCCUCGAAAAAAAUCUUUAGCUUGAAUAAGAGUAAAGAGAAUAAGACUGAGUUGGGAGUAAAAACAUCAUCAUUUUAUGGUGGACACCAGGUAAGAAAUUUAAAUUAGGUAUGUAUUAUUCACAAAAUUACUUUUAGGUGAGAAUUUCAUUAAAAUAUUAGGCACUUUUUUUCCUCUAUUAGGUAUCUGGAAUUACCAAUUUGUUGACUGUGUCAUUUGGUUAGGUACUUGAGUCUAUUAAAAGUUACAACUUUCCUGUUAUCAUAGACCACUCGGUAAUUAAUUUUAUUAUAUUAUCAAGGUAUUAAAAAUUUUAAAUUUGCCACUUGUAAACAUACAAAUAUAUUUAUAAAGAACCAACAGUUUCUCAAUUGUAUGUAAUAAAAAAAAGUGAUAGUUGGAUUAUUAUCUGCGGUAGUCACAAUAAUAGCUAUAAUUUUUUAUAAUAGAAAAGUAACCUAGGUACUAAUAAUUACUCAAUAAUAUAAUAAAUAUUAUACACAUGUUAUGUGUAAAUCUAAUUCAUGUUCAUAAAUUUAGUAAUUAUCAAUUAUGUAUUAUUUUUUAAUUUAAAUUCAUUUGUAUGUUUAUUUACAGUUAUCACUAGAUGAUAUCCGUGUUAAAAGAUUUAAUCGAUUGCAUUAUAAUCCAAAAGUAAAAGCUAAAUUAUUUAAAGAUGCCAAGUCAACUGGAAGGAAAAGAUCCAAAUCAACCAGUCAAGAACUAAAACCCAAGACACAUUUAUUCCCAGGUGUUAUUUUACCAUUAAAAAAGAAACCUAUGGCUAAAAAAUUAUUUAUUAAACCAGAAUUAAGCGAAGAAAAACCUAGUUUGGAAGAAAUUAAAUUUGUUAAAAAUUUCAAUCUUGAUAUUCCUAAAUCAUUGUCAAAAAAAAAAAAUUGGACUGAAUACAUCAAACAUGAAAAACCUCAACGUAUAAAAAUUGAAGAACCUGAAAACAGAAAAUUUUUCAAAUCCACUAUAGUACAUAAUGAUACUCCAAAUAAGUUAGAUUUUAAUAAUAUUAUUAAUUAAAGUACAUAAUUUUUCAUUAUAAUUUAUAUAAUAUGUUUGUAUAUAUUUUUUUUUAGAAAAGAAGAUAACUUUAAUUUUAACGUUGUGAAUUGGGGUGAUGAAAAUAUGAUGAGCACUUCUUCUAGAGUUUUAUCAUUGGAUAUUGAUAAUUCAGAAAUAAUGAAUGAUGAGGCAAUUGAAAAAAUUGGACAAGAAGUUAAUGAUCUAAUAGAAUUGUUGGACGAUGAUGCGGACACCGAUAAUGAUUCAACUGCUAUACAUUUUCCAGGGCUGACAUUAAAAUCUACAAAGAGAGAUCAUGGAGAUAUAAGUAAUGGUAUCUUAAAUUAUAAAGAUUUAAUUAUUUAUAAUCUAUGGGUAUAAAUAUGAUAUAUUUAAAUAAAUAAAAUCAAGUAAAUAGCAUUUUUAAAAUAAUAUAUAAUUAUGUAGUUUUUUUUUUUUUUUUUUUUACUGUUAAUUUUGACUAUAUUUACAUAAUAUUGUAAUUAUUUUGAAUUAUUGUUUAGAUGAAGAUUCGUUUAUGGCCUUUGAUUCGAAACGUAUGAAAACUGAUACUGAAAACAUGCCUGAUUUGAUUAGAGAUGCUUAUGACUUUGAUGAAAAUAUUGAAAAUCACGAUGUAGAACAAUACAAAUCAGUAGAAUCAGUUUCAGCUACUCAUUUAAAAGAGUAAGCCUAAAAAUAGUUACCAUAAUAAAUUAUUACUUAAAGAUUAUAAUAUAAACAAAAGUACAACUUUUUUUUUUAGUGUAUCUAAUACAGUCGAAUCUAAUAUUAUGGCUAUUGAAUCAGUAAAUAAUUCAAAUGAUGUUACAACUGUAAAUGGAUCUCCAAAAAACAAAUUAUUUCCUAUUUUUACUAACAAAACACCUUCACCUAAUAAUGGAUUUCUGUAAUUAUAUAUUUUAUUUAUUUAUUUUAAUCAAAAUUUACCUUAAACGUUAUUGUAUAAUAGUGGUUCUAGUGAAAAAAAAUCUUCAGUACGAAGAGCAAAAAGAAUUAUGGAUGCUUCUCAGUAUCAAAUUGAUGCAGGACAAAAGAAGUUUGGUGGGUUUUUGUGCAAACAAUGUGGUUUAUAUUAUUCUAGAGGUGAACCUGAAGAUGAAGAAGAACAUGAGAAAUAUCAUAAAGCUAAAGAUAUUUUUAAGUAUAAUGUGUGUUAAUUAAAUGGCAUUUUUUUUUGAAUAUCAAUUUCAUAAUUUUAUUUUCACAUUUUAGAGUUUUAGAAAUGAGAAAGUAGUUUAUCAGGAUAUGAAUGAACGUAUUGUUGUUAUAUCUGGUACAGAUCCUAAAAUCUCAUGUACCAAAGCUUUACAAGUGAUGUCAUUUGUUGAUAAAGAACUUGGUUUUAGUACAUCAGAUGUUAGUGUUUUGCCUGCAACUAAAAAAGUAUGUCUAACAGAAAUUUAAAAUUAAGAUCUGAUUAAUUGUAACAUUAUUUAUUUUAGGUUUAUUUAUACAUAAAAAAUAAACAAGUAGUCGGAUGUUUAGUUGUCGAGCUUAUUUCUCAAGCUUAUCGUAAUCUAGAAACUGGAACUGAAGAUAUGGUUAUUGUUUCUGAAGAAUCUUAUCCUAUAAAAGUUGGUGUAAACCGUAUAUGGACUAAAUGGGAUUGUCGCAAAAAUGGAAUCGCUACUAAACUACUUGACUGUUUUCGGUAAGGGUUUUAUUUUUAUUAAAAUUUAACGACUUAAAAAUACAAUUACUAUAUUUUUUUCCCAGUAAAACCUAUGCAUAUGGUCAUAUAUUAACAUUAGAUGAAAUUGGAUUCACAGUGCCUACACGUGCAGGUAAACAAUUCAUUCAAAAGUACACAAACAAGAAUGAUUAUUUGGUUUAUACUGGAUGGUAAUUUAGCAUUAUGCUUUUAGAAGUAGUUAUUUAUUUAAUUGUUUUACAAAUUUAUUUUUUCUAACUUAGAUUUGAACCCCCAUAGUCAUAGUAUUAAAAACAAGAUAUUCUUGUUAAAUUUAAUUUUAUAUUGACUAAGGUUUAUUAUAUAUAUACAUCCUAUACAUUUUUUGAUUAAACAUCCGGAUAUUUUUUUCCUAAUAUCCUAAUGUGAUGUUUUAAUUGCUCAAAUAAUUAUAAUAUUAACAUUUUAAAUUCAAUUUGUAUAAGUCGUUAUAAUAUUAAAUAAGUACCUAAAUCCCAAUCAUAUUAGAAUAUUAAAUUAAUUUUACUGUGAACAAUGUUAAUUUUUUCAUAC